GAAGAUAGCAGCAGGCACAGUCUCCCAGCCCUAGCUAGGUCUGAUGAAAAGCACAAAUUGUUGAUCUGAUGAGCAUUUGUUCUUCUGCAGAAUAAAAUGGUGCAGUGGCAAAGACACAUAUUCCCAAUUCUUCGUCACAUUCAAAAGGGAGUAGUAGCUGAACACCACGCCAUUCCCAAUCAUUCAGCUGCGAGCAUUGUAAUUUCUCGCUUAGCCUCUUCUUUAUCACAAGGUCAGUUGGGGAGAAGCGCGUGGGCCACAACUUCUCCAUAUUUCUCAAACCCUCUUUAUCACUGUUUGCAACAUCAGGGAAUUUCAAGUUCUACUCGGUUGCUGGCAAAUUCAUCUGAGGAAACACCUGUUUCAUCACCAUUAGCCCCAGUUGCAUUAUUGGAUGGUUCAAAAGGUGACGACCAGAAGCAGAAAGCUGUUACUAAGCCAGAAAAAGUUCAAGCAGUAUUAAAGGGAAUAAAGCAGAGUCCAAAGAAGGUCAACUUGGUUGCUGCCCUGGUUCGUGGUAUGCUUGUUAAAGAUGCAUUGAUGCAGUUGCAAGUGACAAUAAAACGAGCAGCAAAGACUGUGUAUCAGGUUAUUCAUUCGGCCAAAGCAAAUGCCUCUCACAAUCAUGGGUUAGAUCCAGAACGUCUCAUUGUUGCGGAAGCAUUUGUAGGAAAGGGGUUUUUCAAAAAGAGGGUUUCCUACCAUUCCAAAGGAAGAUCGGGGAUCAGAGUGAGAGCAGAAUGCAGACUAACAAUUGUAGUGAGAGAGAUAACCCCUGAAGAAGAGGCAGAUAUUGCUAGGCUGAGAGUCCACAACUUCAAGAAGCUCACUAAGCGCGAGAGACGACUUGUGCCUCAUCAGCUUAUUGAGACGACUCCUGUUUGGGGCCGCAAACGUCAAAACUCGAGUGCUGCACCUGCAUGAGUUUCAUUGUUUCCAUGCUUGUAGUAUUUUUUGUUGAAUAGAUUCUUCUUGGCUAUCACAGUUUAUCAUAGAAACAGUUGAGAAAUUUGCAAACUAAGUUUGGUAUCAGGAAAUUUUGUCUGCCCCUUGUUGCAAAUAAUAAAAUUUUGCACUGGACUAUGUUCCUGUUAUUUAUUAGCUUAUUUUUACUUCCUCCAGUGAGGACAUGUCCUGUCCUAUAUGAAAUGUGAAUAUCCUCUUGUUUUAAGCGGGGGAAUGUAAACCUAUGAUUUUUUUAAGAUAAGGGUAUUCAUGCACCAUUUU